UCCACCAGUUAAUCCAUUCUACUAAUCUGGAUGAUAUGACACCUGUUUCAACAAUCAACGAAAUGCCAGCUUCAUCUCAAUCUCCUUCAACACCACCAUCAAUUCCAAGUCAAAUAAAUGCAACGCCUGCUUCAAUUCGAGAAUAUAGCGCUGCAAUGAGACAACAUGUGAUUAAUCAAGUUUCUUCAAAUAUCAAUGGAACACAACCAUUUAGUUACGAACCAAAUUCCUCUCCAGCCUCUGAAAGUUCAGCUACAAGUUAUAUGUCGAUUAAUGAUCCUACAAUGAAACCAGAUCAUGAAUUAUUUAUGGAUUCUCACAUUCCGGAAGUUUCAUCAUUUAUGUUUAAUGAUAGUGAAAAUAACCCAUUUUUGUCGCUUCCAAUUUCUCUCGAUUGGACUAAUUUGUAUGAAUGGUCGGAUGUGAUGGGAUUACAACAGACAAAUAUGAAUAAUAUGAAUGGUCUGAAUGAUCCGAAUAAUCAUAAUGUAAUUUCAAAUCAUAUGGAUCAUUUUGCAAAUAAUGUUAUGGGAAUAUCAACAGCAAAUACACAGGAAACUCUUUAA